AUGCAGCCCGCAUCCUUAUCCAAAUCUCUCAAAUCCCGUUGCAACAGUGAUUCAGAGCUACAUAUCCUAGCAGCGUAUGAAGCCUCUGGCGAAAAGAUCACUUUCGAUGUCUCGAACUGCUCAUGGCAAGAUGUGUUGGACCAAAUGGCAAAAGCCGAGGAUGUGUAUGUCUCGAAAGGGGAGAAGAACAAGAUCCGGUCCGUCCUUCGACACGGGGCGGCAAUCUCCAAUACUCUGAGUCCAUGGACGGCAUUCAUACCGCAGGACCUUGGGCUGAACGCUUUACAAGCUGGGUUGGCCGUGGUAUUCCAGGCCAUACAAAAGCGGGAAGAGAAUCGUGAAAAGAUCUUCCAAGCGUUCCGGAUGAUCCCGGAGACGGUCGACCGGGCUAGCCAGAUCCGCAAGCUAUAUCCAUCCGAUGAUACCCUCCGAGAUUGCACAAGCCAUCUUUUCGAAAGGCUACUCGUAGGAAUGAAGGACCUCAUCGAGAUUCUCCUCCGAAAGGGUGGUAAGAGGAACUUUCUUCGUCGGGUGGCGUCGCCGCAGGACGAAGGAAUAGAGAUAGAUGUGAUUCUCGGAGACGUGACGGAUGCCACGCAACGGCUCGAACACUGCGUCCAGAACCUAGACCGUCAACAAUCAGCCCGGACAUACAAAAAUACGGACGAAGGCUUACGAGAAGUUAAAGCUGUGCGACAGACCGUCCAUAGCACACGGCAGGAAAUGCUCCGCCGAAUGGACAGUUUCAAGAAUCGAAUACAAGUGGAAAUUCGGAGUCUUUGUCCCGCACUGGCCGCCCACAUUCAUACCUACCUGUAUCAAAUGGUUCAAGCAGGCGUUGAAUCGAGGAGCAUCGAGUUAGCCGAGAGUGGACCACGCCGCCCCUUGCCAGCAGCACUGCUGUGUUACCCGCAGCUUCUAGAAAUACUAAACGUCGAGCCUCUCGAAGCGAACGCAGCGGUCGAAUACGUCAUUCGCCAGGGGUAUGGCUUGGAGACCUCUGCACUUGCUCAGAGCAACGCGUUGAUGCUCCAGCGAGGGUUCAAUAGGUGGCUUAGGAGUAGUGAGUCUGGAAUGAUUCUCGUGGAUGCCCAUUGCGAUAGAGCAACAAUCGGAAGGAUCUCCCCAAUGUCCGUAUUCUGCGCCUCUUUCGCCACCCACUUGAAAACGCUCCGCGAAGCACUCGUUCUGCACUUCUCAUGCAGCCUGCAUUCCAAUCCAAAAGACUCUCUUAGAGGCCCCCAAGGAUUGAUGCGCAGCCUCAUCGCCCAGCUGUUAUUCCGCUCCGGGACGGAAUCGCCCCGGCUCGACUUCAUCAACUCGCAGCGACUAGUCCUGGAUCUGGAGAAAUGGGAACUCGGCGCGCUAUCUCACGUCUUCCGAUGCCUAGUCCAACGACUCCCUGGAAGGGCGACGGUUUUCUGCAUCGUCGAAGGCAUUUCUGAAUUCGAGCGGAAACAAGAUGGCUGGGGCGCCAAGCUAUGCGACGUCGCCCGAGCGCUGCAGAUUCUCGCGGCGCCUGGGGAUAACGGGCCGAUGGUCAAGCUCAUGCUAACGAGCAGCACAAGAAGCACGCUCGUUGUGAAGGAGGUGGCAGCUUCUCAACGGAUCUCGCUCAGCGCAGGCGAGGCUCUCGACCGGCCCGUCUCCGGACGGGGAAUGUUGUUGGACUUCGGGAGAACAAGAUCCGCGCAGAACGGCACGUAG